AUGCAACACAGUAAUACCGGUGGAGGUUUUUUUUCAAAAAUAAAAGAAAAUUAUAGUACUAAAUUAGCUAAUUUAUCGUUAUCAAAUUAUUCAGAAAAAGAUGGUUCAUCAGAAGAUGAUACUUUAAUACAUAAUGCAUUUGUAAAAUAUUAUGAAUCAAAAGGUUUACCUUAUCCAGAAUGGUUAGGAGUUAAAAUAAUAGAUCAUCAACAACAACCAAAUUAUGGAAGUCGAUCUUCAUCUUAUAAUAAUAAUAGUAGUAACAAUGGUCAAUCUCAUGCAUAUAGAAAUCAUAGUUCAAAUAAUAUUUCACAAUUUCAUCCGGUUAGACAAGAUAAUGUGUUUAAUAAUAGUUACUCUCAGAGAACUUAUAAUCAACAACAGCAACAACAACAACAACCAACAGUCGGAUCAAGUCUGCAACAACAUCCUACUUAUCAAAGAAGUUCAAGUAAAUUACAAGAUAUGUAUAAUAAAUCAAGACAACAAUCACAAACAAGUAGCAACUAUGGAGGAAGAUAUAGUCGAUAA